UGAAAUCUGACACAUUACGGAUGUGGACGGCAGAUGUAUUCAGGGCGCAUUGUCAAGAAGCAUUCAGAUAUUCAACAUGGCGAAAACAGUCGUCUGUCUUCUGUGCCUUGUUUUAACAUACAGUGUGAUGGUGAAGGGACAGAGGAACCCGGAUGCGAGACGGAGACAAUAUGGUACCGGUAACGAUCUUCUUCCUCGUCUUUUGAACGUCGAUUGUCGUCUUCCACCAAGUGGGCCAUCAGGGCGUUCGGGGUCUAACGGGUUCACCCAACCACUCGACUACCCCCCUCAGUGUCACCUGUGGGUGGACGGGUCUGGGUACUGUCGCAUUGGGUGGACUCACAUCAUCACAGAGCCGUACUGUCGCAGCGUCAUCGGCAACGCUCGUUACAUCACCUUGAGUAGAUACGAUCCCGACCAGCCCAGAGCCCCGGACGCAGACGGAGGACCACCAGAAGGGAAGUAGACGCGACACGACAACGGCACGACAACGGCACGACAACGGCACGACAACGACGCGACGACGGGAUUUGUGAGACUUUCCUUUCUCAUUUCAACGCCAAAGGUGUGUUCCCCUUUUGAUCUGGCCGUGGCGAAUCUUGUCUAAAGCACUGCAGCCUUCAAAUGCCAGGAAAUAUCCUUUUCAACACUGUAAUUUGACAGCGACACUGCGCUUAUCUCGAACUACGGAUAGCUCGAAUUAUCUACAGGGGUCUCGAAUAUUUUCGGUUUAUGAUAUAUAUCUUUCUCGCUUGUCUGUUUCUGGUAAUCUAUAACGAAUAAAGUGUCUUGUUCAUGGCA